GCAAUUUUGAGAAACAUAACCAGAACAGACUCAUUACAGGAGAAACAUAACGUUGAGUGGCGUGCCGCUAUUUUUAUUUAACGGAAAAACACUUCAAAGUUUGAUAAUAUUUAUUUAAUCAGAAUAAAACAUGCCGAAAGUACGACGAAGCAAGAAACCGCCUCCAGAUGGUUGGGAGUUAAUCGAACCGACUUUGGAGGAAUUGGAACAGAAGAUGCGCGAAGCUGAAACGGAGCCUCACGAAGGCAAAAGAAAGCAGGAAUCUUUGUGGCCGAUAUUUAAAAUCCAUCAUCAGAAAUCUCGAUAUAUUUAUGAUUUAUUCUACAGAAGAAAGGCGAUCAGUCGUGAGUUGUACGACUACUGUCUGAACGAAAAUAUUGCAGACAAAAACUUGAUUGCUAAAUGGAAAAAGGUUGGCUAUGAAAAUUUAUGUUGUCUACGUUGCAUUCAAACAAGAGACACGAAUUUCGGCACCAACUGUAUCUGCAGAGUACCAAAGGGUAAACUCGAGGAAGGUCGAAUAGUGGAAUGUAUACAUUGUGGCUGCAGAGGAUGUUCGGGUUGAAUGCGACAUCUUUCUGCAUUCAAUAUUCACUCGCAACACGUGAACAUUUUUCCGGAAGGCGGAGAUUGUAAUGUGUGUAGCGGAAUGCAUUCUCGGCAGACGCAUCAAUUUCUCAUCACCAUCCAUGAAGAUUUUGCCUUGAGCCGUAAUCAUUAGCGACGCUGCUCUCUUUAAAGUGUCGUUUUUACCUUGCGGAUCGUAAACUAAUGCAAUACCUUCGUCGUCGCUUCCUUCUUGCGGAAUUUCUAAAAACUGUACGAUAGGUAAAUUUAAAGCAUAAAAUAUAAAUAAUAAAACCACUUUGCUUAUAAUUACCUUGAAUUCAAUUAUGUGAUUUGCAUCAAAUUGAGAAUCUUGUGAGAAUAAUGUACUUAUGGCAUCCGUAACUUUUGCAGCAAUUUUACCAUUAUUAGUGAUCAAAUAAUCCUUGUUAUUUAAUUCCCAGCCUAUAAAAUUAUUGUGAAUGAUUUUUAUUAUUAUUACAUCGAUAUUUCACAU